UAGAGGGCGUCAACUCUCGCUCAAUUGUUGAUCUUUUUGGCAGAAACUGAAUUUGCGUGUUUUGGAGCACUUUUUUGUGGAGAACUUCGUAGUUUUAAAGACUUAAAUUCACUUUCUACGUGGUGGAGAAACAAUGGGUGUUGAGGUUGAAACAAUAAAACAAGGAGAUGGAGUGAAUCGACCAAAGAAAGGACAAACAUGUGUUAUACAUUAUGUAGGGAAACUAACGUCAAAUGGCAAGAUCAUCGAUCAGUCUAUCGUGCGCCAGCCUCACAAAUUCACUCUAGGAAGCGGUCAGGUUGUGAGAGGGAUGGAUGAAGGUAUCGCUCAGAUGAGUUUGGGAGAGAAGGCUAAAUUGAAGUGCUCACCGGACUAUGGCUAUGGUAAAAUGGGUUAUCCGGGAGUUAUACCAGGUAAUGCAGAGCUGACCUUUGAAGUUGAGCUGUUGAAAAUAGAGUGAUUUCUCUGUGGAAUGGAAUACAAUAUUUAUGACUCUGAUAUCAUCCUAUCUCAAUAUUUGCCAUCCAGCAGAAGUACAAGUCAGGGAAAGUUCUUCUUUUUUUCAUCAAUACUAUGUACAGUGUAGCACCUGAAUAUUCAUAUAUGCAACUGCAAGUAUAAUGACUGACCGAUGAAAUGCAGCGAAGUGACAUAGUCUUGCGUCAUGUGGAAAAGGGCCAAGUUUGGAAAGGAGAUAAAAGCGCCAGAACUACCCCCGGAAAUUCUUGAAUACAAUGUAGUGUAGAAAAAUAAGGUGGCUUCAAAGAGACAUCCGAAAAGCAAAAUGCCGACUUGUUGAAAGUCUAGAUAUUUCCCACAUGGAUGUAGAAAGAAUGGCAUUCAUGAAGUUUUCAGUCAUAUUCCAAGAUUUUGAAUAGGUUUGUUUUCAUGUGGAUGAAGGUGGUUCUCUGCCUUCUUCCUAUCUAUUAACUCCAAACCACACAUCACUCACACCAGCAAGAUCCAUGUUAGCUAUCUUUCACUAAAUAGUCCACCAAAGGCUUACUUUAAAGGGGCACCUUUACAACCUGUGAGGCCUCUCUGAAAUGAUUUGUCUAGUUUUCUAGGUCACAUGAAAAGUUGCAAUGCCCUCAUAUUAUGGUUUGAGUGGUUUGUGGAGUUGGAGGAGGAAUUGAGAAGGGGGGGGGGUCAGAUUGGAUGUCCAAAAAGCUUGAUUAUUAUAUGGAACUGCCCAGAGAUGCCAAGUUCAAAGACCAGCUAUGCGUGAGAUUUUCUAUGAAUCUGAGUGAGAUCACAGACAUUGUGUACAAUGUAUAUGGGGAUAGGCUGUGAUAGUUGCGUGAGACAGAGAUUUGAGGGGAUGAACAAGAGACCAAAAUGCUUGAGUCUCACGCAUAAUGCGUGAGACUUGGUAGCUCUGACUGCCCUAAAAGUACACAUCAGUGAGUUACGUGCAUUUCGCUUUCUGGGUGAAUCGUUUUGUGCUGCCUAUAAUCAGUUACACCCAUUCAAUGUUGUAUCGUCCUGUCAGUGCAGGAAAGCCCUUAGCACUACACUUUUGUGCAUUGCAUGCACGCAGAAAUGCUCUUAUCAUCGUACAUUAGGGCAUUGCAUAAGGGCGUUUCUGCACCAACGCGACAAUAUAAAAUUGACAUUAAUGGAACCCCUAGUGAUACUUUCUAAUGGAGAAUUAUUUUCAUAAGGUUACAUUUCACUUACCAGUAUUGCUAAUCAGUGAUAUUCAUUUACCUUGUAGUUCCAUUCCCUGAAGUCCUCCACCAGGAAGGGUAUAGAGGAAUACA